AAAAUUAUUUGUAUAUUUUUUUUGGUUGUUUCUGUUGAAAUUUGAUCGCUUAUAUCAAUACAUGUGGGAUGAUUUAUCAUUAAUUGUUUUAUGUGAAAGUUCACCAGAUUAUUUACUUUGUCCAAUACAUGAACGAUAAAAAAGGAAGGGACAAUAGGAAUGAGAGAUGAAAUAACGGAAACAAAUCUAUCAGUAAAUUAAUAAAUAUAAACGAUUCUUUAUUUUUGGAAUUGAAAAUAUGAGUCCUUAUUCACUUAGACCAAGAAAUAAAGAAAUAGUAUAUGUUCAUGACAUAAAUGAAAAAAAAAAGGGGUUUCCAAAAAGGUCAAAAAAACAUGAAAAAUAUUCUAAUUCCAUCAUCUCUCAAAAACCGAUAAAAGGAAACACAAAGUCAGUAAUUGAUGAAAAUUUAAUAAUUGUCGAAGGGGUUUUGACAAGAUCAAAAACAAAUGCUCGUUUAAUCCUAUCCAAAGAAGAUGGUACUUCGAGGUCAAGCAAAAAAACAAAAUUAGAUAUUAAUGGCAAUAUAAGAAAUGAAACUACUGGAGGAUAUUUAACAAGAUCCAAAACACGUGGAAAACAAUCCCAAUUCAUUGCUUCCCAAAAAGUAAUGAAUUUAAAAUCGAGACAAAAAUGCAAUAUAUGUUGUAAUGAUAUCAGAAGUGAAACAAAGACUAGAGUAAGAUAUUUAACAAGACCUAAAAUUCAUAAAAAACAAUCACAUUCCAUAAUAUCAAACAAACCGACCAAAUUUGAUAUAAAACAAAAUGAAAAAAUUAAAAAGACUUUGAGUGAUGCCAAAAACUUAAGACAGAAGACAACUAAAGUUAAUCGACAAAUCAAAAGCAAAGGAAGUCUUAUCUCAAUGCAGGAAGGAAAAGACAGCCAAGAAAAUGAGAAUUUCAAUGAUGAUGGUUUGAUGGAGUGUUCAGAAAUCAAAACUAAAAGACCAAAAACAAAAAGUUUGAAGGAUAAAUUUCGCCAAAGAAAUUCUUUUGAAAGAUAUGGAGUUCAAACUCCCACUUUCGAGGAAGUACUUGAUCGUAAAAUCAAAAUAAAAAGUGGAGCUGAUGCUUUGGAAGCAUUUGAACAAGAAUUUCAAGAUCUCAAUAAUUCGGAAACGUUAUUGUCAAAAAAAUCCAAUAAGGUUAAUUCAACUAAAGUGCAAAAUCUUUUGGAUUGCAAACAUCUGUCUAGUGAUAGGAUAAAAGAAUAUUUUCAACAGAAUUUGGAUUAUAUUGCAGACAUUUCAAAUGGUAGUUUACCAUCAGAAAGACAUGAGAGGUUUAAAAAUUUUGAUACAAGAAGAGACUUAAAUGAGGAAGAUUUGACUUAUAGCUAUAGUAUUAUUGUUUUUGAACAUACCCAGAUCAAUCUUUUAGUGGAAUUAUUAGAACAUUAUUUCAAUCUUGAUGAAAGAACAGAUUAUUUGUUCAAGGUAUUGCUACCAGAGAUUUGUUUGAAAAUUUUUAUGGAUGAAUUUGGAAAGACAGUCACAGAAGCUAAGAAUUAUUUGGAUUGGAGACCCUUGGAUUGAAAAUAAAGCACCUUCCUUAAAUUUUUGAAUUGUUAUAGUUUUAACCGGUAAUGUAUACUUUUAUGACCAGUUUGAAGGUUCUGGUAUUUUAUAUUUAUACUUAUGUAGCAAAUAUUAUGAAUUUCAUCAACAAUAGUUGAGUUGAAUUGGAUAUAUCAACAUAUACAUAUUUUUUGUAUAUAAUUUAUGAUUUUUUUAAUAUGUUGAAAUAAAGAUUUAUUAAUUGA